AUGGCUGCUCGCCGCUACGAGUGGAUCAACUGGGAUGGCCUUGGCAACGAGGCGGAGGAGGAUGCGGCCGAUUUGAACUACGACUAUGAGUGGGUCGUACCUGACCAAGAUGCCAACGGUACAUUGACUAGGAAAAGAAGGUGGUAUCAACUCCAUGAGAAGCAUACUGUAUAUGCUAUGGUUCUAGAGAGGACCAAAGCUGGGGUAUUGAGUCCAGGAGUGUCCAAAGAAGUGUUUGAACUAACGGGUAUACCUCAGCGGACGGUGCAAAACUGGUGGAAGAAAUGUAAGGAAGCUGGUGGAAUACACGCACUGGAAAACAAACGGGCAAAAAACUGUGGCCGCAAGAGGAUAGAAUUCGAUCCGGAGGCUAUCAAACAAGUGGAUUUGAGGAAAAGAACAACUCUUAAAGAUUUGGCAAAUGAGUUGCACAUGGCGAAGACGACACUAUGGCGUCGUUUGAAGGAGGGCCUGUUGAGGCGUCACACAAAUGCCAUCAAAUCGACAUUGACGGAUGAAAACAAGGUAGGACGGGUAAGGUUUUGCUUGUCAAUGUUUGAUGAGCAUACUCUUCCUCAGGAUCCCAAAUUCAAAGAGAUGUACAACGUCAUUCACAUUGACGAGAAAUGGUUCUACCGUUCCCGCGGUAGCCAGAAUUACUAUUUGGCGAACGAUGAAGAAGAUCCAUACCGUAGCACGCAAAGCAAAAAUUUCAUUGAGAAGGUGAUGUUUUUGGCCGCGGUCGCUCGGCCACGCUUUGAUGCGAAUGGCACGAUGAUUUUUGAUGGAAAACUUGGGAUUUGGCCCUUCACAUACCAAGAAGCGGCAAAGAGAAAAAGCAAGAACAGAGAUGUUGGAACCAUGGUCACCAAAGUACUCCCUGCGGUUACUCAAAAUGUAGUCCGGGAGUACAUGAUUAAUUUUCUUAUUCCCGCGAUAAGGGCGAGAUGGCCUGCGGCUGAGCGUGGCAUGCCAAUAUAUGUACAGCAGGAUAAUGCAAAGACGCAUAUCCCUUUAGAUGAUCCAGAAUUUGUCGCUGCGGCUCAAGCUGAAGGGUGGGACAUCCGUCUCACAUGCCAGCCUCCGAACUCCCCUGACCUAAAUAUUCUGGAUUUAGGUUUUUUUGCAGCGCUCCAGGCACUUUUUCAGAAGUUGUCUCCAGGUUCUAUUGAGGACAUUGUGUUGAAGGUGCAGCAGACAUUCGAGGAGUAUCCAGCUGAGAGAAGCAACAGAAUUUUCCUCACUCUUCAAGCCUGCAUGAUAGAAGUGUUGAAGCAACUUGGAGGAAACCGCUACAAAGUUCCGCACAUGCGGAAGGCUGUGAGAGAGAGGCUUGGCGAUCUCCCCGUGGCACUACAAUGCGCCGCAAACAUUGUUAACGAUGCCAUUGAAUCCUUACCUAAUGUUUAG